UAAACAUUUGAAUUAGCGAGGUCGUGUUCCUUUUCACGUGGUGGUUACAGCCAAUGAUUAGGGAAUGUUGCCACUUCACCUGAAUGUCUGUCUCGAGAAAGUUUUUGACUGGAUUUCAUCAGACUUUUCCUUCGAUCUUUACAGCAGGAGCACACCAAGUUAUUACCUUUAACAGAAAUUAUUUCAGAAAUUUAACACUCACUUCUUACAAUAUGGUAUUGGAUUUAGAGCUUUUUCGCGCUGACAAGGGUGGAUGUCCUGAGAAAAUAAGAGAAAAUCAAAGCAAAAGGUUUAAAGAUGUUACUCUUGUUGACAAAGUUGUUGACACAGAUACAAAAUGGAGAAAACUGAGAUUUCAAGCUGAUAAUUGGAAUAAGUUAAAAAAUCUAUGUAGUAAAACCAUUGGGUUAAAGAUGAAGAGCAAAGAACCAGUUGGGAAUGAUGAUACUUUGCCAGAUGGUUUUGAGAGCACAGAUAAAUUACAAGAGCUUAAUCCUGAAAUUUUACAGAAACUUACAGUAACACAAAUAAAAAAGAUUCGAACAUUAAUAGAUGCUAAUAUGCAACAAUGUGAAACAGAGAGACAAGAGUGUGAAAAAAUUAGACAUUCCAGUCUGUUUGAAAUUGGGAAUUGGCUGCACGAGAGUGUUGUCGUCAGUAAUGAUGAGGACGAAAAUGAGAUAUGUCGUGUGGUUGGUGAUUGCAGCACACGCAAAAAGUAUUCCCAUGUUGAUUUACUUCACAUGAUCGAUGGUGUGGAUUACGAACGGGGAGCAAGUGUGGCUGGCAAUAGAGGCUAUUUUUUGAAGGGCCCAGGUGUUUUAUUACAACAAGCGCUGGUGAAUCUGGCUGUCAGUAAACUUACGGCUAACGGGUUUACGCCUCUUUACACGCCGUUCUUCAUGAGAAAAGAAGUUAUGCAAGAAGUAGCCCAACUUAGUCAGUUUGACGAGGAGCUGUACAAGGUGGUUGGUAAAGGUAGCGAAAAAGAGGAUGACCAGUCUGUAGAAGAGAAGUAUCUGAUAGCCACCAGUGAACAACCAAUCGCUGCGUUCCACCGUGGAGAAUGGAUGGACACACAUGAGCUUCCCAAGAAGUACUGCGGUAUCUCCACGUGUUUCAGGCAAGAAGUCGGAUCGCACGGUCGAGAUACGCGGGGUAUUUUUCGCGUCCAUCAAUUUGAAAAGGUUGAGCAGUUUGUGAUAUGUUCACCACAUGAUAAUGAGUCCUGGAAAAUGUUGGAAAUCAUGACCAAAAACGCCGAAGAAUUCUAUCAGGCGUUGAAUAUUCCGUAUCGUAUCGUUGGCAUUGUGUCAGGAGCCCUGAACAAUGCUGCUGCGAAGAAGUUGGAUUUGGAAGCUUGGUUUCCUGGCAGUGGAGCAUUUAGAGAACUCUGUUCCUGUUCCAAUUGUACAGACUAUCAAGCUAGGCGUCUUCUUGUGAGGUUUGGACAGACAAAGAAAAUGAAUGAUAAGGCUGAGUUCUGUCAUAUGCUGAACGCUACUAUGUGUGCGACAACACGUGUCAUAUGUUGCAUUCUUGAGAACAAUCAGUGCGAGGAGGGCGUGGUAGUUCCAGAGCUCCUUCGACCUUUUAUGGGAAAUCUUGAAUUAAUAAAAUUUGUAAAACCUGCCCCAAUCGAGGAACAGAAAGAUGCGAAAGGAAAAGGAAAAGGAAAGAAGAAGAACAAGGACGCAAAAGAAGAAGUGACGGAAAAGCUUGAAAAAAUGGAUGUUAAAAGUUGAAAAAUUUUAACGAUUUUUGUCCAUGUCAAAUUUUAGUGUGUUUUGAGAAUUGACGACAAUAUUUACUUGUUGUAGAAAUAGACAAAAUAUAAUUUAUCUAUAAAAAUGACUGGCGUUUUGAUCUAUUAAAUUGCUGCAGACGUGAUCUACUUUGUUGCAUCAAAUUUUCUCGCUUUUGUGGUCGGGUCCUCAAAACCGUCAAAUUUAAAUGCUUAGAACAAUGAAUCUUAGCUAAUGUUUUUAAAUCAAUCGCAAAAAAAUAAAAAUAAAAUAAGUUCGCUGAUAACGGUGUUUCAAACCUAAAUGGCUAUCCUGUUUAGUGAGGAAAUUGAUGACAAAGCCUAAAAUGUUGCCGAAUUCACAGACGAAUGAUUUUCUGUUAGCAAAGGAUUCCCUACGAAAAAGAGACUUGGUGAAUUUGUACCAACCUGUGUUUAUAUUGUUUUCAACAAAACGUUUUCGAAGGUAGAGGUUAUUCUUUUAUUUUUGAGUUAUACCGCAACUCAGAAAUAAAAGAAAAAACAUUGUCAUAUUUUCUUUUGGUGUAAUUUCGCUAUCUCGAAAUCGCGCUAUCUCGAUCUUUUUGUAUUUUCUUUAGAAUGUUAUAACUAAUUUCCGCGCAUGUUUUUUUUGUCAAAGGCGCGAAAUUUGAUCUCGCGAAAAUUGCUACGUGAGUUUAAAAGUUAAUUUUUUUUCAAAAGUAAUUCAUAUAACGCCAUGGUUAUUUAAAAACAUUGAUGAAAACGCUAGAUUAAUGUUAGAUAAUGCGAUAUAAAAAUUGAAUAUGUAACCUUCGCAGUUCCAUGGCUUUCUUGUGUUUUGUACUUCGUGCUUAAUAUUGUAAACUUCGUGUAACCAUGGUAACAUAAUUAUUGUAUUAACAUAGGAAUUUUUUUAUUUUACACUAAUAAAUGAAAAUAUCAAUGGAUUCGCAUAUUAUUAAUAAUUGAAUAUGUUUUAUGAUUCAUGAAGACCAUAUGGAAGAAAUCGGUUAACGAGAAGAAAACGACGUAAAUGCAAGUUAAUAGGUUAACACUGUUAUUAAAAAAUAAUCCAGACAUUUUGUUAUCUUGAUUCAACAACAAUUUCAAAUGAAUCCUGGAGGAUAUCCACCACAAAAUUAUCCGCCACCACCGCAAAAUUAUCCGCCACCACCUGACUAUUCUCAACCACCACCACUUAGUCCAUACCCUCAACAUGGACAGCAACCACAGCAGCAAACGUAUGGUUACCAACCACAACAGCCUGGCUACCCAAUACAUCCAGCAUAUAACCAACAAAUGCCACCGCCCCAACAGCCUACACAUCAAACGAUCAUAGUACAUCAACCGGCAGCACAAACAGUACAUACCACUGAUAAUUCAAGAGGUCGAGGUAAAAAUAAUACAGAAGCUGCUUGCUGUGCAGGUAUGUGUGCUGGUUUAGCUUGUUGUUGUUUUUUGGAUGCAUGUGAAGAUUGUGAUGGUUGUGAUGGCUUCGACGAUUAAGAACUUGUUUUUGCUUUUAUGUUUCAUAAACUUUAAAUGAAAUCGAAAAAUAUCUGGAGAAAAGUUUGCGUUUUAAAAUUCUAUGACAUUUACAAUUGCAGAAAAGGAUGACAAAGGCUUUUGAUAGAAUUCAGAAGGUGUCGCUUUCGGAUAGUGUCUUUAUGGAUGAAACUUUGAUGGUUUUGGUUUAUCGAAAGAAGAUAAUAAGUUAAAUCAAUUUUAAAAAGAUUUUUGUAUAUAUGUCACUUGUAAAACUAAAUUUUUAUUUAAAAAAAUUGAAACGUAUGACUUUA